AUUUCUUGCCACGACCGCAAUAAUUAUUUUUUAUCAUCUCUCCCAGCCAUGCGAGACUCUGAUUUAAUUCGGGUCAACGACCUACUUGUAACAGUACUACUUCAUUCUGGCUCUCGCUGGCCCUCGAAAGGAUCCAAACCUACAGCUCAACCUGUCCACAUAUCUCUUGCGAUCCCUCAUGAUAUCUCAAGCGCUGCGAGAUCUGAUGAUCUCUCCCAGUCGAUAAACUACUCUACCUUGGCCUCCGCUCUUCGCACUUGCCUCAGUCCAACCGUCGCUUCACAUGAAGAGCCUGCUUUCGAAUCCCUGGAGCAGAUCCUCUUCCGCUGCUUCGACGUGCUGCUCCUUCAUGAAACCACGUCCGCGCCGCGUCUUCCUGGAGCGCAAAUCAAAAUCGUUCAGCUGAAGCCUCCUUUGCAUUGCAAAACGCUAGCUAUCGAGGGCGAGACAACCUUUGGAUCGAGUGCCUCUUGGAGAUUGACUAAGAUCAAUCACAUCAUAGAAGACCUAGGGUGUAAUCCUAUCAUUGGCGUCAAUCCAGCUGAACGUCUUGAAAGGCAACUCGUCCGUAUCAACAUCACUGUGGAGAGUUUGAAUGCAACAUGGGCGCUCAAACAUUGGUUAGACUUUCGGGCUCUAACCAGACGACUUUACCAAGUCCGUUUCUGUGCUUGCUAAUGCCUUCCUGUCGGUGUUGACAUAUGGUAUAGAAAGUGGAAGAAACUUCGUAUUUGACGUUAGAAGCCCUUGCUUCAUUUGUUGCAGUUGAAACCCUUCAACACUUGCGGUCACAUCUGGAUAAUAUCGCGGACUACAAUCCGAAAAUCAGGGUUAAAGCUGCUAAGCCUUGUGCUCUAGUCUUUGCUGACUCUUCUGAGGUUGAAAUUACUCGGUACUUCAAAGAUUAUCCAAUGGAAUUGACUUUAGCGUCAGAGGCUUCUAAUCUAUUCGACUCUUCUUCAAGUGCCAUUCAUUGCGCCGCAAUCGCUUUAGGUUCUAACGUCGGUGAUAGUAUUCAGAAUAUCGAAGUCGCCUU